AGAUUUCCGAGCAUGACUGACUGACUGACCGACGCCCUGGCGCUCGCUCGCCCUAAAUUUUUCGCUCCUUUAGCUGCCAAGGCUUCAUCAUCCACCAACGCAGACGAUGGCCAGCUCGUUCAAGAUCAAGCUCAAGCUGCCGCCGAACCCCAACGCGGCCGCAGCCUCGGACCGGCUCUCGUCUGCACCCACCGAGGGGGCCAGCUCCGUUGCCGAUGGCACCAGCAGCGCCAUGGGCAGCGAGGUCGGCGAUGAAGAGGCAGGUGAUGAGUUUGACGAGCUCGAGGAAGACUCUCCCCCGCCUGGCUCGUCCAACGUGGGCUCGCGCUCGCCGUCUGUCUCGGCAGCAGCGACGGCAGCAGCUACAUCGGCCAAGGGCAAGGGCACAGGAGGGAAAGGGAGCGCAUCGACGACGCCAAAGAAGGCCGCGCCAGCUGGCUCACCCUCGUCUGCGCCGCGCAGCACAUCCACCAGCCGGAGCUACUCGAGCAACCUGACGCUCGAGGAGAUCGAGGCGCUGCCGGCGGCCAAGCGGCGAAAGAGCCUCAAGGCACGCGGCGCCACGGGCCCAGGCAGGGGCUGGCGAAAGGGCCUCAAGAUGGACCAGAAGCCAGUGUACAAGCAUCCGGGCGAGUCAGCGCCGACCAAGGUGGCCCAGACGACGCCCUCGAGCUUCGCCCGGCCAAAGUCGUCUCUCUCGCGCGAGGCACUCGCCAACGACGCCGCCUCUGGCAACCGCUCCGAGUCGCCCCUGGCCGGGCAUGGCAAUGCGGCUGCUGCCUCCUCUUCCCGUGCAGGCUCCGUGGACAUGGUCCCGACCGCUUCCUCGGCCGGCCGCAAGGCUGUUGUCGACGAGGACGCACCAACCCGAUCCGGCGGCGGCGGCGGUGGGUCCAGCGAUCUUCCACGGGGCACCAUUCGGUACCCGGCCAUGCCCUCGGCGCGCGGCGGCACGGCCCACAGCAUCCUCGCGCCGCCCAAGAUCCCCACUGGCUUCCUCAAUGUCGCGCCGCUCGACAAGUCCGGUGCGGCCCGGCCUCCCCGAGCUUGGCUGCGCUCCGGCCGGGAGAUCUUGAGCCUGGGUGGCAGGCCAUGGAUGGCCAAGGCGAGCUGGGUCACGUUUGAGCAGAGCCAGCUGCCGAGCACGACGUCGAUCAGCGGCGAUGCGCUCCUGCCGUCUGCGUCUGCAUCGACGGUGAACAAGCAGGCGACCACGCCUGCCUCGGCUCAGUCUCCGGCACCCACGCCUGCGCCUCCCGCUUCUACCUCUGCGUCUUCGCCAGCGGCAGCAGCAGCAGCAGCGCCGCCCGCGUCGAAUGUAUCCUCCUCCAUCUUGCACAAGUCAUCUGCAGGCACAUCGACGACGGCGCGGCCCAGCCCACUGUCCAACGCAACAACACUGCCCCCGCCCAAACACUCGCGCAGCAGCAGCAGCAGCAACGGCGGCGGUGGCGGCGGUGGCGGUGGCGGUGGCGGCAGCAGCAGCGGCACGAGCCUGCCAGAGGAUGGCCAGAGCUGGAAGGGCAGCUCGGCUGCGUUUGCGGCGGCCAAUGCAAAGAAGAAGUAGGGCCUCCUCAGACAUGUAUAUUCUCUCUCUCUUCUCCCCCAUUCUUUUUUUGAUUUCAACUCAUUCUUCCC